GUCCCAGUUCCUGUCUCCACACAGGAAGAGAGGAGGUGCCUCUCGCACAUCAGUUCAAGGAGAUGCCUGCUACAUCCAUCAUCUGUAACACCCUAACAUAAUCGUGUUAUUUGGAGCAUAUUCUGCAACAUUUUUCUCUUUAAAAUUCAUAUUUUCAUCCCUCCGUGGAGAGGCACUAAGCAGCAAACGAAAAGCCAAAUGAACGGUGCAGCCUUCCCCUCCCCGACGGCAGAGAUGGCGGAGAUGAACCGUAUCCAUUAUGAGCUGGAGUACACAGAGGGGAUCAGCCAGCGGAUGCGUAUCCCUGAGAUGCUCAAAGUGGCCCCUGAUGGCCCUGAUCCCGGGUCGCAGGAGAUCCCUCACAGUGUCAUGAUGCAAGUCCCAGAGAGAAUUGUGGUGGCAGGAGACAGUGAUGACCCCCAGUUCUCCAGACCCCGGGACCUGGACUUAAUCCAGUCCACACCUCUAGAAACCCUGUCACUGAAGACUCCACCCAGGGUCCUCACCCUUAACGAACGGCCCCUGGAGUUCCUGGAAGAGAGGAAUGCAGCUCCAGCCCUGCCCAGUGAGGAGUUGCGGCCCCAGGGGCGAUUACGGCGGGAGCGCUCAGCUAGUGAGAAUACACCUAUGCGUCACAACAGCCAACUGAUUCGAAAUGAUUCCACUGCAACCCCGUCCCCCCCUGCCCCUGUCCGCCCCUGCCCCUCUCUCACCGUGGCUGAAGACGAACAGAACCUGUACAGCGCUAGUGGUGUUCUAUCUUUCAUCCAGUCAACCACACGUCGGGCCUACCAGCAGGUCCUAGAGGUCCUGGAUGAGAACCAUCGCAGCAAACCAUCACUGCGAGGGGGGUCGGCUUCAAGCUCCAACCCCCUGCAUGAAUCCAGGCUUGCACUGUCGACACUUGAUGCUAGUCUGGAUGCAGGGCCUGAUGACAUGACCGUCGUUGAUGCUGCAACACUCCGACGUCAGCUCAUCAAGUUGAACCGGAGGCUUCAGCUCUUGGAGGAGGAGAACAAGGAGCGAGCGAAGCGUGAGAUGAUCCUGUACUCAGUUACUGUAGCUUUCUGGCUCAUCAACAGCUGGGUGUGGUUCCGCCGUUAGAGCCUGUCCUUACUUACCCCAAAUCACCAUGAGAGGAGAAUGUACUCUCUCUUGUUUUGUGUGUCAAAUGUUAGCAAAAUCUACUCGCUGCACUCAGUCCUUGUACAAGCAAGACUGUGGCAUGUGUGCCUGUCGCACACGGCCUGUUGCACACAUUUGAUUUUGAUUGCAUUUAUUUAAUACAUGUACAUUUUUUAUUUUUUUACAAUUCUUUAUUAUUUCAGACAUUCUGGUUUCUUAUGUUUUGUUUUUAUGGCAAAUCUCCUAUGUCAGUGAUGCUAAGCAUGACUUGCUGUAAAUAUUUGUUCAUGCCAUUAUUCCUCCAGAGAUACAGUAUUAGUGUAUCGCAAUAGGAAAAUAGAGCAGCCGUGUAAAGGUGGACUUAAUGUUGACUAUUUAUUGGGGAGAAUAAUGUGUGGCUUGAAUUGAGGAAUAUAAUGGUAUGUUGUAAAAUAAUAACAUGACAUCUGGUUCUGUAUUUUUUAUUGAUACUUCAAAUCAAAUGAACACAUCACUUUAUCAGUUUCUCAUUACUUUGUUGUGUGACAGAAGGAAUAAAUGUGUCAUGCCUCAGCCUGACAUUCUCUUGUGAUGGGAACAUCCUUCAGUUCUUAUUUCCACUGGUUAAUAUCUCUGUUCAAAAUGUACCUGCUAAAUGCUGAUAACCAUAUAUUUCAUUUUAAUAAAUGCCUAUUACCAUC